GGGCUGGUGUGGGAGGCGGUUCUGACGGCUUGUGCGUCCGUCGAGGGGGCUUUUCGUGACUGUCUCGCCACAGGAAAAGAAAGAGAGAGAAAUAUAUAAAGAUAAAAUAAUAUCUCGGCAGCCCGCGUCCCUCAGGCCCGUCAACAUGAGCGGCGGCAUGCCGUACAUCGGCAGCAAGAUCAGCCUGAAGGCUCAGAUCUGCUACGAGGGCAUCUUGUACACAAUCGACACGGACAACUCGACCGUGGCCCUGGCCAAGGUGCGAUCAUUUGGUACAGAAGAUCGGCCCACUGACAGACCAAUUGCUCCACGAGAUGAAAUCUAUGAAUACAUCAUCUUUCGUGGUAGUGAUAUCAAAGAUAUUACUGUGUGCGAACCUCCAAAACCUCAACCUCAGGAUCCUGCCAUUGUACAGUCUUCCCUCAGCACUUCGACAAAUGCUUCAUUUCAACCCCCUGCGUCAUACAGUCCUUUCCGUAGUAUGACUCCAUACAGCCAGUUUGCUGGAGGAUCCUUGGUUGGCCAACAAUAUGGUGCUUCUGUGGGUUUAGGAUGUUCAACACCCAUUCAAAUCACAACUGUUUCUCACUCCAGUACUGAUAGUCCUCCCUCACCUCAACCAGCCUUUACAAAGCUUGAAAUACCACCCGAACCAGCACCUUUGCAGAAAAGCCAACUGAUUUCUCAGGCAGCUACUGGUUUUCCAUUUUUGCCACCAAGACAAAGUCCUAUGGUGGAACAAGGUGUGCAGACAAGUCCCACAGAGGGCCUUAAUCAGAAGAACCUUCAACAAGAUAAAAUCCCUACCAGUAUAAAUCAGCAAUCCAUUGGACUGGAGCAAAGGAAAGUUAUCCCACAGUCUCUCACACAAAGUCGAGCUCAAGUGAAUGAUGAGAAUAAAAAGCCUCAGCCUCAAAGGAGACGGUCAGGCAAUAGAAGAGUCAGAAACCGUGGAAGAGGACAAAACUUUUCAGGAAAUAAUAAAGAAGCAACCAUGAAGUUUGAAGGGGACUUUGAUUUUGAAAGUGCAAAUGCUCAGUUUAAUAAGGAGGAGUUUGAAAAGGAGUUCCAAAACAAAUUAAAAAUAAAAGGGCUCGCAGUCUCGGGAGAGGCCGAGUUGGGAGCUCCAACGACGCAGAAGGUUCGACAAGCCCCGACCCAGGGUCCUAUUGCUGGCGCGGAGGAGCUAUCAUCCCCCUCGAUGCAGGAGCUUGAUCGCCUUGACGAGGAGGCCCGCCGUUGGCUACGGGAGUCAAGAUCGUCUCGUCAAUGGAAGGCUCAACUUCCCCGACUGCAGGAGAACAAAGAAGGGAAGAGAUUGAACUUUUUUUUCGCCUUCCGUCAUAAUGACAUAGUACAUAAAGGAGACCUUAGCAUCCAGGAAGAGAAGGGAGAUUCAAUUGUUGAAUCACCAAGCCCUGAAGGAAAAAAGGAAGAGCCAUCUCUUGGGCCCAACUGUUAUUAUGAUAAAACAAAAUCAUUCUUUGAUAAUAUUUCUACUGAGCCAAAGACAAGGCGUACAUGGGCUGAAGAAAGAAAGCUUAAUACGGAAACGUUUGGAAUCUCUGCUAAGUUUCUUCAUGGACGAGGUUUCCGUGGAGGCUUCCGAGGUGGGAGAGGCCGUGGAGGUGGGAGAAGAACUUCUUCAAUGCCAAGGAAUAGUGGCGGCAGCAGGGUUUAGUAAGGUAUAGCAGUAGUUUCUGUUUUAGAGAGAUACUUGA